GUCAAUUAUCGCCAGCGUCCUCUACGUCUGAGCACUGCAUAAUCCUUUGCGCGCCUUGUCAUUGCCUUGAAGCAAGUCCCAAUUCCAAAUUGCACUAUCUUUGCCAUUGGCCUUAUUCAUCAGUCGCCUAGUAUACCUGACCGGCGACUGUUUAUUAUCAAUUUUGCCUAUCAUGGGCUUCACAACAGGCUUCCUCGGAGGCUUCACUCUCACCUCCGCCGUCCUCUAUCUCACAGUGGCCCUCCACCAGCAGAACCGCGCGACGCAAGCAGCCCUCCUCCGCCAGCAACGCUCCGUACUCACAAGCGUGAUCGAGCCACAACCCCCGGCACCGGAACCGACAUCAAGGGAAGCGCCUGUGGGUGUGACAGAGAUGGCCAAGGACCGAUGGAAUAGGGAGCUCGAGGGCGUUGUGAGGAGAGUCUACAACACCGACUGGAGGAGGGUGAGAGAGGACGUUGAGGAUAGGAUUGGUGGGGUUGUUAACAGAAUGAAAGAUAACAAGUAGGGUGAAGUUGCGUGCCUUUCUGAUGGAGGUGUCUGGUGGAAGUGUGAAAUACGCCGAUGCUGUUUGAUCGACCAGGCGAUGAAAAGAAGUGAUGAGUAUACCCUUCUUGCUAGCAUAUUAGACUUUGGAGGUUUUCCAUUUGUAUUGGUGCGAGAAUUGUAUAGACAUACUGUAUUCACAUUGUACCGCUGGGCUGUAUUGUAUGGUGGAAACAGAAUUUCAGUCAACAAAGUUAACGAUUAAGUAUUUCUUUUCUCGUUCUCACUUUGCCUAUUUUCUACUUACCAGCCGAUUCCUCCUCUGUUGACCGCCUGGAGGUGAGAGGCCCAUGCACCAGAC